AGAGUGUCGCUCUGCUCUCUAAAGUUAACCCAAAAGUUUCUCGAUCGGUAUAUCAUUCACCUUCUUUACCGAAUUACGUAUUAACGGUUACGUAUACGACGCGUAUCUACUAUUUAAUGACUUCCAGUUCUUUUACUACAGUUAAACGGCAAUAUCGUCUUUGAUAUAAUAGUCAAAUCUUGGAGCAAUUGUAUAUACACGAAAUUUAUAAUGAACAGAUUAAAGUUUUUGAAAAAGUUCUUAAUGCCAUGCGGACUUUGCGCAGCGGUGCCAGUACUUCGAUCUCAAUCUCCUCAAGAUUCUCCUGAUCCUUGCAACAAUAAGAAAGAAAGCAAGAUGAUUCGACCUUCUGAACUUCCUAUUUAUCCGUUGGAAGAUGUUUACUCCAAAGAUAUUCCAUGUUCAAACGUUUAUCCAUCUUCUGCCUUGGAGCAACAAUUUGGGUCGAUUAGAAGAUCCCUCGAAGGUGUCAUGUUACAAUGGCAAGUCAUAUCUGACACAGUUACGUCAAAGAUAAACACCGGAUUGGAGCAUAGUCAAUAUUUAGUAGAGUAUCUUCAAGAAGAAAAUAAUACUAUGCCACGUUUCGGUGCUAUUGGAAUCGGUGGACUGACAGGUAUAAUAUUUGGACUUCGAGGAGGCUUCUUGAAAAAAUUGAUAUAUACCAGUACAGGUGCUCUUAGUAUCGCAGCCAUUUGUUAUCCUAAGAAAGCUGAGGAAAGUUUAGAAUAUGCCAAACAUUAUGCUAAUGUUAGUUAUAACUUUAUUUAUGGCGUGAAGCCAGGAGAUAACGAGCGAGUACUGCCAGAUAUUAAAUUGUCAGAUAUGUCGACAUUUAAAAUGCCUAGUACUUUUUCGGAACUCGUAGAAUUGAGUGCUGACACGGGGCGGAGCAUUGUCAAUGUAGUUGGUUCUUUAAGCGAAAGAACAUGGGAACUGAUAACCGAUAAGAAGGAGGUGACGACAUCAACGCUUAAGACAGACUCUGAAAAUAAAGAAAAAGUCGAUUAAAAAGAUAGCUAUCACCGGAUUAUUUAAAUCGUAAUUGUUUGUAAAAAUAUAUAGUAACAAGUAUUAGAAAAA